AUUCGGUGAGUGUAUAACGAAGAGUACUCACCACCGUUCAGCAGUUUAAGCGCCACCGCCUUGUCCAGGGAGACUGCUGACGCCCUUUCCAAAUAUUGAUCCCGAAAUGUCAAUUGACGCUGAUGACAUGUGACAUGACAUGUGUGGUGACAUCAAAAAAUCGCAAACCGGACCGAAAAGCACAACAUCAAACGCGUCUCAGGACAGGACGACGAUAAAUAAUUCUCAGUUCUUUUUACAAAAUGGAUUUUCUGAUAGCUGGUGUUGAUAAUGUACUGUUCAAAAUAGAGAAAGAUCUCAAUGAACAGUUCGGAGCGCUCCCGUUGCCGUUCCCUGGGAUGGAUAAAUCGACGGCUGCCGUCUGUUUAUUCUUCAAUGCCACCGAUGGGACCGAAUGCGAUAAAGGGGCAGCUUGUCCGUUCCGCCACAUCCGUGGUGACCGUACGAUAGUCUGCAAACAUUGGCUUCGUGGUCUGUGCAAAAAGGGGGACCAGUGCGAAUUUCUGCACGAGUACGACAUGACCAAAAUGCCGGAAUGUUACUUCUAUUCCCGGUUCAACGCUUGCCACAACAAGGAAUGUCCUUUCCUGCACAUAGAUCCGGAAAGUAAGAUCAAAGAUUGCCCUUGGUAUGACCGGGGCUUUUGUCGUCACGGUCCCAGCUGCCGGCAUCGUCACGUGAGGCGUGUCCUGUGUAAUUUUUAUCUGGCCGGAUUUUGUCCCGAUGGAGAGUCGUGUAAAUUUAUGCACCCACGGUUUGAGCUUCCACCGCCGUCGGAGACCAAGGAUCAGCUGCCGAAACGCCUACCGACGUGUCACUAUUGCGGUGAACCGGGACACAAAGCUUGCUACUGUCCUAAGAUGCCUCAGGAGCAACGCGAAGCAACCUUACGAAUGGAGGAGGCAAGGUACCGAUCGCUUGGCUAUUUCAAACAUCGCCAAAAUAUGGACAACUCCAAUCCGAAUCCAGAAGAAGCACCUGUCCUACCGCAAAAACCACCUCCGAGGCCCCUCGAAGAGAUUACGUGCUUCAAAUGUGGAACCAAAGGACAUUAUGCAAACAAAUGCACGAAAGGACACUUGGCUUUCUUGUCCAACAAUGCUGUUCGAAAGUAAGAGAAAAAUUUCGAUAUAAAGUAGGUAAUACAAA